CGGAAAGGGGUUAGGGCACUGAACGAACGAUAGUAUUUAAUUCAAAUUGGUCCAAAUGUUGGUUUCGGAUACCGGUAUAAACUCGUCGUCGGAAAUCCUCGUUAAAGUCGUUGGACCAGAUGGGCAAACAUUUACCGCUUAUUUUCCUGAAGAUACUCUCAUAGAGGAAGUAAAAAAUCGAGCAAUAGAUUUCUUCUAUCCGAAUGGAGAGAAUGGAUCAAGCCGGUAUAAAAUGGUCCGAGUUGUAGAUACGUCCACUUUGCACGAUUUCCUCACAGUUGGCCAAGAACAAAUAGUCAUGGAAGAAGAGUUACUUUUGGUUGAAAGAAGGAUACCUGAUUCCGGAACCCUUUGGGAUCUUGGUACCGUUCGGGCACCGCUGCAAGGGACUAUUGCUGCUGCUACUGCAUCCUUACCGACUCCGCAAAAUACAAUUAGACAACCCAAUCUUCAAUCCUUGUUGUCUACCAAUGAAUUGUCCUACGAAUUGAAGAAAAUUCUCAUAUCUCUCAUAGAAGCAGGAGCAAGAUUAGCGGCUUCAGGGAGAAACUAUGAAAUGGCGCUGGCGCAGCUAUCUGCGGCGUUGGAAGAACCUCGUAUACACCAACGUCCGAUUAUAGAGGUAAUUACACCUGAAGAAAUCGAAGCACGAUUAAAGAGCAGCGAGUGGGAUCCUGGUGCAGCAACAACAACGACAAAUUCCAAUGGAGAUAAGUUAUAUAGACGCGCGGAGCAUUUGCAAAGAUUCUUGGAGAAAUUUCGCGCCUGGCGUAUAAAGAUAGCGGAACCUCCCAACCAAGAAGCGUUAACAACAUUGAAAGACCUUGGGUUUAAGGAAGAAGACGCCGAAAAAGCCUUAAGGAAUACUGGUAGCAACGUCCCAGCUGCUGCAUCUUGGUUGAUAGGCGAAAGGGGAUCCAGUGUCUUCGAGCUCAUAAACGGUUUACCUGAUGGGUUGAUUUUGCAGACUUUACUGAAGCAACCCCAGAUCCAAAGAGGUCUUCUGAACACGCGAAUGUUAAUCGCUUUCAUAGCUAUGGUUGGACAAACCGGUAGUGCGUCAUUGUGGCUUAAUUCUCCCCAUGGAAGUCCACUGCUGUCACAAAUUUCGAGAACCUACCACUCUGAGAAGUACUGCCUUGCAGUAAAUCAGUUUUCUGAGGAAAGACGUGAACAAACUACGACUCCUUCGACGUCUAGACAACGGAAUUAACGAUUUUUGAUUGUAGUAUAUUUUUGAUGACAUUUGAAAUAUAUGUUUGUUGUACCUCUAGUAGUAUUGUCGCUGAAUUAUUUUUCUUUGUGUAGAGUAGGUGUUGCGGACCGGCUACUGGACGGGGCAGAUAUAAAUCGUUUUAGUUAUUUUCUAUUUUCCUGUUACUCAUUGUUUAUGUACAUUUUUUGCCUAUGGUGCGUUCGUUUUUGUUUAGCUAAUUUUUCUCUAAAUUAUAAUUUUAUUUUGCUUUACUUUAAGAG